GAUGACAGAUUUUGAAAAAGUGUUUUAAAACAUUCUUAACUAUUGACUAUAUUCAAAAAAUAUAUUAUUUCUGCAAUAAUCAAAAGAUUUAUUGGAAAAAAUGCCAUUUUAAUGAAACGUUCAUAAAUUUGCGCCAAAACGCGGUCACCGGUGUCAUGGCGUCGCUGUGACGUCACACCUCAGUAAACAGUCAAGCGUAUGUAUUGCAAACGUUAGAGCCGAACAACAAAUCCUUUAAUAAAUAUGAAUGCAAAAGUUUACAAGUGGUGUGCGGUCCCUCAAUGCACAAAUUCGUCACUAAAAACCCCUGACAAAGUGUUUGUGUAUGUUCCAAACGAGAAAACGAUGCGAUUUAAGUGGCUUACUCUUGCGCGGCGGGAUCCGAAAGCCAUUAAUGUUGAUUCUUCCAUUUAUUUUUGUGAAGAUCACUUUGACGUAAGUUGUAACGUUAAUUAAUAUAUUCCUAAAUGGUGUGCCACUUUGUUUUACUACAAACAAACUAAUAACAAGUAACAUUAAUUUUCCGAAGUAAAUCUAACCUCAAAAUGAAUAUACUUGUUAAAUGAUUUCUAGAGGUAUAUUCACCACUGUAUUAAUGUACCCAUUUAUUCAUUUUCUAGUUGCCAAAUGACAUGGAUAAUUAUAUGGAGUAUCACAUCAUGGGUUCUGUGGCAAAAAUUAGGAUGAAGCCAGGGUGUAUACCCACCAGGUUUGACUGCCAACCAGAUAGAAGAAAACGAGCCUCAGCUGAAACCAUCCACCGACCAUAUAUUACAAAAAAACAAAGACAAGAUAUUAUUCAAGAAUCUAUAAAAGAUCUGGAAGAGAAAAGUAUUAUAAACAAACCCUUAGAGCUAGAAGAGACAUCAGUUGGAUGUUCAGCUGUGCGUGGAGAUGAAGUUAUAGAAAAUAUUACACAGGAAAAAGAUAAGACAGCAAAUAAAUCAAUCCAAGUUUACAUGACACACAAAUUCAGAAGCAAAGCCGUUCAAUCUGGAGUUAAAAUUGUAAACCAGAUGACAUCACCAUUGAAACAGGAUCGCCAAUCUGUCUCUACAUCGCCAUUUAAGAUAACUAGAUGCACUUCCAAAAUCAAACCAACCACAUCAAACAUACACAUAAGUUCAAGAAAAAUAUUUGUAGAUGAAGCCCAGUCUGAUAGUGAUAUUUCGUAUACACCAUCGAUAAUGGAUGAAGGUACAUCACAAACUAUAUCUGUUCAAACAAAUUCAACUUCAGAUUGCAGUGAGUUGCUACAAGAUGAUAAACAGAAAGAGGCAGCUCUAAUGCUGCAGUGUACACUACUUAAAAUCAACAGAAAUCCUCGCUGUUAUAUAGGUGUUCCUAAAGACUGUCAUUAUUUAUUAGGUCUAAUCGAAGAAUACACAAAUAUUCCUCCAGUUCAUUUUCUCAUGUGUUUAAAAAAGAUUAGAUUAAAUAACUCAUUCAGAGAGCUCGCUGAUGAUUUUUCCAUGACACCAAGUUAUGCUAGUAAGAUAUUUCUUAAAAAUGUUCCUUUGUUGGCUAGUGUCAUGCGUGCUUUUAUUGUAAAAUUAGAUAAAUAUAAUAUAAAAAAUAAUUUACCAAUGGCGUUCAGACAUAAAUAUUAUCAUGUAAGUUGCAUCAUUGACUGCUUAGAAAUAGAAAUACAGAAGCCCUCGAAAGCUGUAAAUCAAUCUCUCUCCUGGUCUGAAUACAAAAAGGCUAAUACUAUCAAGUAUCUUAUCUCCUGCACUCCAAAUGGUCUAGUAAAUUUUAUAUCACCUGGGUAUGGAGGAAGAGUAACAGACACAUGUUUGGUAGAAUCAUGUGAUUUUAUUAAAUGUUUGCAACCAAGCAUGUGUGUGAUGGCUGAUAGAGGUUUUAAGCAUGUAGAAUCAUAUUUACUCAAACAAGGAGUAAAAUUAGUGCGACCUCCAAGUGUUGUAAAAGGUUCUAAGCUUUCAAAGACCGAGGUGAGGGAAACUAAACAAAUUGCUAGCCUAAGAAUACACAUAGAGAGAGUGAUUCGCCGCUUGAGAGAAUUUAGUUUACUGAAACCACACGCAUGUGUGAAUCACAAUUUAGUUAGAGUACUUGAUGAUAGUAUAACCAUUGCAUGUGGUUUAAUAAAUUUACAGGAUUCUUUAAUUAAAUAGGUAGCCUAUGAUAGCUGUAAUUGAACUGUAUAGGUGAAAAACUUAAGAAAGUCACCUGUUGUAUGUGUGAGUGACGUGUUGGAAUAGAUAACACAUAUUUAUAAUUAGUAACACAAACAAAACAAACGCCUAUUCGACCAAAUCACUCACACAUACAACAGGUGACUUUCUUAAGUUUUUCACCUAUAAUAUCUUGUACCUACCUUUAUGCAAUAACCUGAUUUAAUUAGGAAAAAAUAAAAGUAAAAAUUCA